AUGUAUCCAAACAAAUCUUUAACUUGCUCGAAAUCGUUGUCACUUCUCUCUGGUCAAACCAAAGUCCCAACAAUGGCGACGGAAUCUCCGAAUUCUGUUCGGAAAAUUGUUGUUCAUCUAAGAGCUACUGGUGGUGCUUCAAUCUUGAAACAAUCUAAAUUCAAGAUUGCAGGGACUGAAAAAUUUGCUAAAGUGAUUGAUUUUCUAAGACGGCAGCUUCACUCUGACUCAUUGUUUGUUUAUGUAAACAGCGCUUUCUCGCCUAACCCCGAUGAGUCAGUAAUUGAUCUAUACAAUAACUUUGGGUUUGAUGGUAAACUGGUGGUUAACUAUGCUUGUUCCAUGGCAUGGGGUUAAAAGCCAACAAUCCGAGUAUCAUGUUGCAUCUUAUGCUAAGAUGAGACAAGCUGCUACUACUUGACUUUGCUAGGAGAAUUCAAUUGUAGAAGAAACUUGUUGUAUGUAUGUACAUCCUUAGGAAUGGGUCUCCAUUCUUUUCUUUUUUUUGCAAAAUGGGCUAUGAACGUAAAUUAAAUGGGCUUAGGCCCAUUAAGUGAGUAUAGUCAAAGGAGAUGGGAUAGAUGUUGGAUGAUGCCA